UGGCUGUAUUUGUCUUUGAUAAAAAGUUAAUAGACAAGUUUCAAAAAUAUGAAAAGGAUCAGAUUAUUGAUUCUUUAAAACGAGGUGUUCAACAGCUCACCAGGCUUCGACACCCUCGGCUGCUCACUGUUCAACAUCCAUUAGAAGAAUCCAGAGAUUGCCUGGCAUUUUGUACAGAACCUGUCUGUGCCAGUUUAGCUAAUGUUCUUGGCAGCUGGGACAACCUACCUUCUCCUUUACCAUCUGAAAUUAAAGAAUACAAACUUUAUGAUGUGGAGACCAAAUAUGGCUUGCUUCAGGUUUCUGAAGGCCUGUCCUUUUUGCAUAGCAGUGUGAAAAUGGUCCAUGGGAAUAUUACGCCUGAGAAUAUAAUUUUGAACAAGAGUGGAGCGUGGAAAAUUAUGGGCUUUGAUUUUUGUAUCCAGUCAACAAAUCCAUCUGAACAGGAGCCAAAGUUCCCUUGUAAGGAAUGGGAUCCAAACUUGCCGUCCUUGUGUCUUCCAAAUCCUGAAUAUCUGGCACCUGAAUAUAUUCUCUCUGUGAGCUGCGAGACAGCCAGCGAUAUGUAUUCCCUAGGAGCUGUUAUGUAUGCAGUAUUUAAUAAAGGGAAGCCAAUUUUUGAGGUCAACAAGCAGGAUAUUUAUAAAAGUUUUAGCAGGCAACUGGAUCAGCUGAGCCGUUUAAGCUGCAGCACUCUUCAGAAUAUACCAGAAGAGGUGCGGGAACACGUAAAGCUGCUCUUAAAUGUUGCUCCCGCAGUAAGACCCGACGCAGAUCAAAUGACUAAGAUACCGUUCUUCGAUGAUGUGGGAGCAAUGACACUUCAGUAUUUUGACUCUUUAUUUCAAAGGGAUAACCUUCAGAAGUCACAGUUUUUUAAAGGGUUACCAAAGGUUCUGCCAAAACUACCUAAGCGUGUUAUAAUUCAGCGCAUUUUGCCUUGCUUGACCUCUGAGUUUGUGAACCCUGAUAUGGUACCCUUUGUCUUGCCUAACGUUCUCCUUAUUGCUGAAGAGUGCACCAAAGAAGAAUAUAUCAGGCUUAUUCUGCCUGAUCUUGGUCCUGUUUUUAAGCAGCAAGAACCAAUACAGAUCCUGUUGAUUUUCCUGCAAAAAAUGGAUUUGCUUCUAACCAAAACUCCACCAGAUGAAAUAAAGAACAGCGUUCUACCAAUGGUUUAUAGAGCCUUGGAAGCACCUUCAAUUCAAAUUCAGGAACUUUGCCUAAACAUAAUUCCCACAUUUGCCAAUCUAAUAGAUUACCCAUCAAUGAAAAAUUCAUUGAUUCCAAGAAUUAAGAAUGCAUGUUUGCAAACUUCAUCUCUUGCUGUCCGAGUAAACUCACUAGUGUGCCUAGGAAAGAUUUUGGAGUACUUGGAUAAAUGGUUUGUGCUUGAUGAUAUUCUACCUUUUCUACAACAAAUUCCAUCCAAGGAACCUGCAGUGCUAAUGGGAAUUUUAGGUAUUUACAAAUGUACAUUUACUCAUAAGAAGCUUGGAAUUACCAAAGAGCAGCUUGCAGGAAGAGUAUUGCCUCAUCUGAUUCCUCUCAGUAUUGAAAACAAUCUUAAUCUCAAUCAGUUCAAUUCUUUUAUUUGUGUUAUAAAAGAUAUGCUUAACAGACUGGAGGCAGAGCAUAAAACAAAACUUGAACAGCUUCAUGUCAUGCAAGAACAACAGAAAUCUUUGGAUAUAGCUAAUCAGAUGAGUGUAUCUGAAGAGGCAAGAUCUACCAGUACAAAUAAUCAGAUUGACAAGGUAUUUGGUAAUACUGGAACUGACCUUCUAACUAGUGGAUCUGACAGAGAAGAGAACGAGUUAUCAUCAAAACAGAAAAAGACAUCCCUUACACUUGAGGAAAAGCAAAAAUUAGCUAAAGAACAAGAACAGGCACAGAAAUUGAAAAGCCAGCAGCCUCUAAAGCCACAGACGACUGUGAUAACACCUCCAUUGAAGCAGACAAAGGACUUGACAGAUACCCUGAUAGAUAAUAUGUCAUCUUUGACAUCUAUCAACAAAACUAAAGUUGCAUCUUCAAACAGCUUCUCUUCUGUCCCUUCUGUGGGUGUUGGAAUGGGAUUUUCACCAACUGUUGACAGCACAAAGAGAAAUGUAACAAAUGGACUAAAUACUAGUAUGGGUUUUCAGACUGCCGGGUUCGGUGUGGCAACUGGUCCCACCACUCAGAAUUUCUUCAGUAGUCCAAGCACAACAGGAACAAGCAAGAUGAACGUUGCACCAACUGCCAAUAUGCCAAACUACAGUCCCAUGAGUGCUACAUCUGCAGUCUCUCCACUGGCACAACAAAACAGACCCCCAGAUAUGUCUGCUUUAGAUAAUCUUUUUGGUCCUCAAAAGCCCAAAGUCAGUAUGAAACAGUUGGCUCAACAGAAGUCAAACCAAUGGGUUAAUCAGUUUGUACCCUCACAAGGGUCCCCAGUUGCAAGUGCUUCAGUCUUGGGACCUCAGAUGAACAUGAUGGGACAGCCUGGCUUUGGUAUACAGGGUAAUCCUUUCUUUUCUCCUCAGAACUUUGCACAACCAGCAAACACGAUGACAAACAGCAGCUCAGCUAGCAAUGACUUGAAAGAUCUUUUUGGGUAAAACGUCCUAUUUUCUUCUUUCGGUGGUUGGUAUGAUUUGAAUCAUGGGUAAGCUGAUUAACAUCUUUUUUUGAGUAGGAAAAGUAUGACUUGGGGGAAGUUUCCACUCAGCAAAAUAAAUAAUUUCACACUAGAAAACUGUUUUUACAUUGUCCUGGUAAUGUAGUGGAAAGCAUAAGUGCAAAGUCAUCCUAUGUCAUAAUUUUCCUGUCUCUUUACCCAACUUCAGAGCAUUGGAGGUAGGAUGUAUAUAUUCACU